CAGUUUUCGGCACUUUGCAGCCGCAAUUCAACCGCACCAACGGAGCACGCUCGCGUAGUCUAUGUACACACCACAUGCCACCUGGGCGAAUCGUUGCCGUGAAAGCCGGUUGACAGGUCGCUUGACGAGGAAUGCAAAAAUUCUUCUUGCGACAACGUUUGCAAUUGCAGAAGUAGUGUACCUGCUUAUUUCGCCAGGUUGGAAAUCGUGUGUUUCCAUAUCAGUGCCGGUGACUAACCGAAGGCAGGUUCGGGGGUGGAAUCCAGUGUGUAUCUUCACUUACACAUUGCACGCGAGUGUAUCCGGUUGCCUCGGAGCUAUCGUACAAAGUGCCACAUCCGCUCGCCUAAAUCCUGUUGGUGCUAGCUAAUAAUCAUAAGUAGUGAAAGAAUUGCCGGUGCUCAAAGCUUGCGCAAACAUGACGGAACUGCCGAGACUUACCCGGGCCAUGAGAGCCAACACCGACCUAGAUGCACAGCGGAACCUGACCCAGGAUCCGAAGGAACGAGCCGCCAUACAGCUGUUUCGCAAGAAAGAAGUAACCAGUGGUGUAUCGUGGAAGGAGCUGAAACUGUUCAUCAACAGUAACGCGGAUCACAAAGUAGGCGGCGUUCUGUCGAAGCAGCUACGCGACCUGUGGGAACUGAGCCGGGAGAUGGUGGGAUCGGAAGAGAAUGCCGAACUGGUGGACGAGGCAGCUAUCCUGGUGCUGCGCCUGUUCCUCGAUCAGAAGGUCGUGAUGAUGAAGCAUUCGUCGAAGCUGAAGAAAAUGUUCGGUCAGGUACCGAACGCACUGAUUAACAAAAUGUGUACGUUGGUCUUUGAUAUCAGCAGCAAUUUGAACGCCGAAUGUCGGGAAUAUCUCGAGGAGAAAGAGAUCACCACCAAUGGUCACGCGGAAACAGUGUGGGGUGAUGAUAUCGAGUGCUCGUUAUCACUCGAUCGAAAGCAACACGAUCACAGCAAGCUGACGGAUCUGUCCCCCGUGAAUCCACUGGACAGCCAGGUGGCACAAACGUUCACGAUGAACUAUGACGCCAUUCAAAAGACGACCGAGCCCGUUGCGGGGUCGUCCGGAGCGUCCGGAGCGUCCGGAGCAAAACAACAGACGGAAAAGUAUACACGCAGCUGGCUGGCCCAGCAAGUCCCACCCGAUCUGGUGGACAAUCUGAUGACGCUACUCAAGUCGGCCAAAACGAACGACGAACUGCAGAUGGAUCUGUUCGACUUUCUGGGGAUGGAGUAUCUGGACGUGAUACCGGAGAUACUGCAAAACCGCAAGCAUCUGAUCGAAUCGGUAAAGGCACUGAAGCAAAUCAAGGUGAUGAAGAAGAUCCAGCAGAAUCUGGAAGCGAUGCAGCACGCCCCCGCCUAUCUGAUGCCGGUCACGAUACAGACCGAGUCACAGAAACAGAUGCGCAAGCAGGUGACGAAAGAGCAGAAGAAGUUGAAAAAGUUCCUGAACGAGGCAUCGGCCGAGAAGGGCGAUUGUACCGAAAUCGAUCCGGUGCAGCUGCGUGAAAACUACCAGAAGAGUUUGCUGCUCGCCGCACAGAUGCCGCAGCUGAUGCUGGAAAAGAUUAAGGCUCGGGGAGCGGUGCUGCCGAUCUCGAAACCGCCGUCGAAGCAGGUGAAGUACCCGAACGUAUACGAUUCGUACAGUGAGGCGCGCAGUCACGUGGGCUUCAUCGCAGGCAACAAGAUCGUUCUGCCGGAAAAUGUUGAACGGUCGGAUAACAAGCUGUUUGAGGAGGUGAAAAUUCCGGCCACCGAUCCACCGCCCUUGACGAUCGGUAGCAACCGAAUCAAGGUUAGCUCGCUGGAUGAGAUCGGGCAGAUCGCGUUCAAGGGAUGCGACGAGCUGAACCGCAUCCAGAGCGUCGUGUAUCCGGCGGCGUACAAUAGCAACGAGAAUUUGCUUGUCUGCGCACCGACCGGUGCGGGCAAGACAAACGUGGCCAUGCUGACGAUAGUGUACACGAUCCGGCAGUUUGUCGACCAGGGUGUGAUCCACCGCGAUCAGUUCAAGAUCGUGUAUGUAGCGCCGAUGAAAGCGUUGGCCGCCGAAAUGACGGCCAAUUUCGGGCGCCGGCUACAACCGCUGGGAAUAUCGGUGCGGGAACUGACGGGCGAUAUGCAGCUGACGAAGGCCGAACUUCAGCAGACGCAAAUGAUUGUUACUACGCCGGAAAAGUGGGACGUCGUCACGCGCAAGGGUGCUGGGGACGUUGCGUUCAUCAGUUUAGUGAAGCUGCUUAUCAUCGAUGAGGUGCAUCUGCUGCACGGCGAACGUGGUCCCGUGGUGGAGGCACUCGUUGCCCGAACGCUGCGGCUAGUGGAAUCGUCCCAAAGUAUGAUACGCAUCGUUGGUCUGUCUGCCACGCUGCCCAACUACAUCGAUGUGGCCCGGUUUCUGCGAGUCAAUCCAAUGAUUGGGCUGUUCUUCUUUGACUCCCGCUUCCGACCGGUUCCGCUGAGCACCAACUUUAUUGGCGUAAAGGCGUUGAACGCACUAAAGCAAAUGUCGGACAUGGAUACGAUUUGCUACGAACGCUGCAUCGAUAUGGUCCGCCAGGGCCACCAGGUGAUGGUGUUUGUGCAUGCGCGCAAUGCCACCGUUCGUACGGCCACACUGAUCAAGGAUCUCGCCCAGCAGCGGGGACACAUUAAUCUGCUCGUGCCGGAAAGCAGUCCGGAUUAUGGGAGCGCCCUGAAGGUGGUGUCGAAAAGUCGCAACAAACAGCUGGUGGAUCUGUUCCAGAACGGGUUGGCAAUGCAUCACGCCGGAAUGCUGCGCCAGGAUAGGAACUUGGUGGAGAAGUACUUUGCCGAUGGAUUGAUCAAGGUGCUGGUGUGUACGGCCACGCUGGCCUGGGGUGUUAACCUGCCGGCCCAUGCCGUCAUCAUCAAGGGGACGGAAAUCUACGACUCCAAGCACGGCACGUUCGUGGAUCUCGGUAUACUGGAUGUGCUGCAGAUCUUUGGGCGAGCGGGUCGCCCGCAGUACGACAAGAGUGGCGUCGGCACGAUCAUUACCACGCACGACAAGCUGAACCAUUACUUGUCCCUGCUAACCAAUCAGUUCCCGAUCGAAUCCAACUUCAUCCAGUGUCUGGUGGAUAACCUUAACGCCGAGGUAACGCUGGGCACGAUCAGCAACGUGGACGAGGCGAUCGUGUGGCUCAGCUACACGUACCUGUUCGUGCGCAUGCGCAUGAACCCGCAGUGCUACGGGCUGAAUUACGACGAUCUGCGCGAGGAUCCUUCGCUGGAGGUUAAACGGCGGCAGCUGAUCCACACGGCCGCAAUGGCGUUGGAUAAGGCGCGAAUGGUGCGGUACAACGAUCGUACCGGCGACCUGAACGUAACGGAUCUCGGUCGUACGGCGUCCCACUUCUACAUCAAGUACGAUACGGUGGAGGUGUUCAACGAAAUGCUGAAACCGAUCAUGACCGACGCCGACAUCCUGCAGAUGAUGUCGAACGCGCACGAGUUCCAGCAGCUGAAGGUGCGCGACGACGAGAUGGACGAGCUGGACGAGCUGACGCACAUUUGCUGCGAAGUGCCGGUGCGCGGUGGCAGCGAAAACAUCCACGGCAAGGUGAACAUUCUCAUGCAGACGUACCUGUCCAAGGGUAUGGUGCGGUCGUUUUCGCUCAUGUCCGACAUGUCGUACAUUACGCAGAACGCGGUACGCAUCGCUCGCGCCCUGUUUACGAUGGUGCUGCGGGCGAACAACCCGAUCCUGGCCGGCCGUAUGCUCAAUGUAAGCAAAAUGUUCGAGAAACAGAUGUGGGAGUUCCAGACACCGAUGUACCAGUUCACCCUUCUGCCGCUGGAUGUGGUGGACAAGAUAGAGAAGCGUGGCCUAAGCGUGCUCGCGCUGCGCGAUAUGGAGGAGAAGGAGAUAGGGGACUUCCUGCGCAACCAUCGGUAUGCGAAAAUGGUCAAGCGCUGCGCGGAAGAGUUCCCGAUGCUGGAAAUUGAAGCGACGCUGCAGCCCAUCACGCGCACGGUGCUGCGGAUACGGGUGUUUAUACGGGCGUCCUUCCGGUGGAACGAUCGGGUGCACGGAAAGACGGCCGAAUCGUUCUGGAUCUGGAUCGAGGAUCCGGAGAGCAACUACAUCUACCAUUCGGAGUACUUCCAGAUCACGAAACGUCAAACGAUGCGCCAGGAGGAGCAGGAACUCAUCAUGACGAUUCCGCUGAAGGAUCCGCUACCGCCGCAGUACUACAUUCGCGUGGCGAGCGAUACCUGGCUCGGUAGCAACAAUCUGGUGCCGCUGUCCUUCAAGCAUCUCAUCCUGCCGGAAGUGCAUCCACCGCACACGGAGCUGCUGCCACUGCAGCCGCUGCCGGUGACGGUGCUGAACAACCGGAAGUUCGAAUCGCUGUACAACUUCACGCACUACAACCCGAUACAGACGCAAAUCUUCCACUGUCUCUAUCACACGGACAACAAUGUGCUGCUCGGGGCACCGACCGGGUCGGGCAAAACGAUCGCCGCCGAAAUGGCAAUGUUCCGCGUGUUUCGCCUGCUGCCCACCGGGAAGGUGGUGUACAUCGCACCGCUGAAAGCGCUGGUCAAGGAGCGGAUGGACGACUGGAAGGUGCGAAUCGAGCAGAAGCUGGGCAAAAAGGUGGUCGAACUGACCGGGGACGUUACGCCGGACAUUCGCGCGAUCAAGGAAUCGUCCGUGAUCGUGACCACGCCGGAAAAGUGGGACGGCAUCAGUCGCUCGUGGCAGACGCGCGAUUACGUGCGCGAUGUUGCGCUGAUCGUGAUUGACGAAAUUCACCUGCUGGGUGAAGAUCGUGGCCCCGUGCUGGAGGUGAUUGUGUCUCGCAUGAACUUUAUAUCUUCGCACACCGAUCGCACGGUGCGUAUCGUUGGCCUGUCGACUGCGCUCGCUAAUGCACGCGAUCUGGCCAACUGGCUCGGGAUCGAGACGAUGGGGCUGUACAACUUUAAACCAUCCGUCCGACCGGUUCCACUGUCGGUGCACAUACAGGGAUUCCCGGGCAAGCACUACUGCCCGCGCAUGGCCACCAUGAAUCGGCCCGCGUUCCAGGCCAUUCGACAGUAUUCACCCUGCACCCCGGCGCUCAUAUUUGUGGCCUCCCGUAGGCAGACACGCCUUACCGCCCUGGAUCUGAUAUCGUUCCUGGCCAGCGAAGACAACUCCAAACAGUUCCUGCACACGUCGGAAGAGGAGAUGGAGCAAAUCCUGCAGAACGUGCGUGAUAGUAACCUGCGGCUGACGCUGGCGUUCGGCAUCGGUAUGCAUCAUGCGGGCCUGCACGAGCGCGAUCGAAAGACGGCCGAGGAGCUGUUUUUGAACAGAAAAAUUCAAAUCCUCAUCGCCACGGCAACGCUUGCGUGGGGCGUGAACCUUCCCGCCCAUCUAGUGAUCAUCAAGGGCACGGAGUUCUACGAUGGCAAGCUGAAGCGAUACGUCGAUAUGCCCAUCACGGACGUGCUGCAGAUGAUGGGCCGUGCUGGACGACCGCAGUUCGGCAACGAAGGUAUCGCCUGCGUGUACGUGCAGGAUACGAAGAAGAAUUUCUACAAAAAGUUCCUGUACGAUCCGUUCCCGGUGGAAUCCAGCCUGCUGGCCGUGCUGCCCGAUCACGUGAACGCGGAAAUAGUGGCCGGAACGUUGCGUACGAAGCAAAGCAUCCUCGACUACCUGACGUGGACGUACUUCUACCGCCGGUUGUUGCGCAAUCCGACCUACUACGGGUUGGACACAACGGAGAUGGAGAACGUAAACUACUUCCUCUCGGAGCUGAUUGAAACCGUGCUCGAUAAGCUGAUUCGGGCCGGGUGUGUCUUGCUGGAGGAAGAUAACAGAUCGCUGAUGGCGACAUCGAUGGGACGCAUUUCCUCGUACUAUUACCUAUCCCACGUUACGAUGCGUCACUUUGCCGAUACGCUACGGCACGACAUGAACAUGGAAGAGUUGCUGCGCGCGAUGGCAGAUGCGGCCGAGUUCGAAGAGCAUCCUGUGCGCCAUAAUGAAGAUUUGUAUAAUGCUGAUUUAGCCAAACUGUGUCCCCUGAAGGUAGAUCCACUAUCGGUGGACAAUCCGCACACAAAGGUGUUCCUGCUUUUGCAGGCACACUUAUCGCGCUUGCCGUUGCCGAACUCUGAUUACGGCACAGACACCAAGUCGGUACUCGAUCAAUCAAUACGAAUACUACAGGCCAUGGUCGACAUUAGUGCGGAAAGGGGUUGGCUAGCAACUACCCUGCGGAUACAGCAGCUGAUGCAGUGCAUCAUCCAGGCCCGCUGGCUAGACGAUCCGGUAGUCAUGACGCUCCCGAACGUGGAAGCCUAUAAUGCGGCUAUCUUCAGCCAGAUAAAAACAGACUUACCAUUCCUAACGCUUCCGGCGUUGAAAGAAAAAUGCAACCGGAAGUACGAGAAUUUGGCCGCGACGUUAAGGCAGGAGUUUGAGGAACCGGAAAUUGAGCAGAUUUACAAGGUGAUAUGUGAGCUGCCGUCGCUGAACGUGCAGAUUUCCGUGCGUGGACCGUACGGCAAGGAUGGGGACGUGGACCGGCCCGUCCAACAGCCGAUGAGCCGUGACCAGUGGAUCGAGCUGUACGCCGAUCAGGAGUAUGUGGUUUGCGUGCAGCUGAUACGGCUGGGGGCGUUCGAGUCGCUCAACAUUCACUGUCCCAAGUUCCCCAAGGGCAAGGACGAGGGCUGGUUCCUAACGCUCGGCCACCAGGCGGAGGGCGAAGUGGUGGCGCUGAAACGCUGCGUAUACCGCAGCAAUCGCAGUACUCAUCAGUUGUGCUUUUAUGCUCCUUCGCGCAUAGGACGAUGCAUAUACACAGUGUACCUGGUAUCCGAUGGCUAUAUAGGGCUGGAUCAGCAGUAUAGCAUACAGUUCGAAGUGGUGCCACCACCGGAAGGUGAAAAGGAUGGAUUGCAGCAAGUACUAGCGAAAGGAUUCUGGUAAGUCCCGAACCGUUUGGGUGCCGAGGUCUACGAACUGGGAGAAAACUUAAGUUAUGGGUGGUGAAAUAUGAUGAAAUACAAGAAACACGAACAAACCCAAUCAGAUGAAUGGACUCUUCGGAAAGAAAUGCAGUCCAUCGACGUGACCUGUACCAUCGAGCCGAGGGUUGGAAAAUGUCGAUCCACUAACAACAGUACGCAGCAGCAGCAG